CCUGUCGAUCGCCAAAGAAAAAAGUGCAGGUCGAAAGUCUAGAUACAACGAAUUGUAUCUCUUUCAGCCCACGGUAUAACUCACCAUUGCAGUGCCGUAGUCGCCAUGGCUUCUGAGUAUAGAAUACACAAGCCAUUUGUGCUGGCGACCCUCCCCCGACCCUUGGAUCAUACUGAAGGCCGCAUCGUUGCGCGGGAGGUCUAUGGUUUGCGCGAUGGUCAGAAGAAGAGAAAGAGGACAGAACUGGUCGUUGGUGUAGAUGGAGAAACUAUUAGCAUCUACGACAUUCCGGCUUCGAGAUUGAUCACUUCUUAUCCUAUCCCUCCUCAAGAAUCUUUUACCUGCGCUCCUUACUCCGUCAGAAUUCGACGAGCUGGAUCCAACGACGUUUCUCGAUACACAUAUAUAUCUACUCGCGAUUCUAGAGGCCAAAAGAUCACUUUGUUUAGGGAUGUUGUCCACCAGGAUGGGAAGACUACCUCCACAACGACCGCCUCCCCCGUCCUCAAGACUUCAGCUGUUCGAUACUUGACAUGCUCUUCCAGUGUGUCGGAGACCUCUAGUACUGGCGAUGUGAUUGCAGUCUGCGAGAACGGAGAAUUCAUUUCACUUUCCUCCGAAACCCUUGCGAUCCAGUGGACCUCGCCCUCGAAGCCCGCAUUGCAGGAUGCUAUCGCUACCCAGAUCGAAAGUUUCGAGGUGGACUACGUUACGUCGGGCACGCUCGCCGAGUUCAGCGAAGGGAUCUUUAAGGAUAAGCCUGAGAUUUUCAGUGCGCUCCCUAAAACACCUGCUUCUGAGCCAGAGCUGGUUGCGUUCGUAUCCAAGACUUUGAGCCAGAGCCAGGAGAGCCGUCACUUGGUUGUUCUCGCUGUCGCCGCAGGCACUUCAACAACCUCUGAUAUUCAGAAGCUGUCACCUCUCGAGAUCGCUCCUAUCGGUACUCCUUCACCUCGUGGCACUGAUAAAUCUACCUACCAAAUUGAUGUGCAGGCAGCUCUGCUCAUGCAGCUACAACAAGGCGCUCUCAAUAUCUACGACCUUACCACUCCUGUCCCGAAGCUAAAGUCUGUGGUGCAUAUGGAGAACGCAGUUUCUUUCUCUCGUUUGUCUCGACCAUUUGUUCUGUCAUGCUCACUCGAGUCAAUCAGUCUCUACAACCACCAGUAUAGAUCCAUACAUGCAAAUGCACCCCUCGAUCUCUCCGAGGUACUUGAGGAGGAUGAGAUGCCCCAGUCGUGCCAGUUGAUUAGCUACCUGCGAAGUCAGGAGCUGGCUGUCGCCCUGGUUGACAACGUCCUGGUCUCAAUCCAGAUUGAGCCCCCAAAGAGCCACGGCAAGCGACGGAAACAGGGUCUUCUGAUUGACUCUAUUGGUCGUGGAACUGCCACUGAAAUCCCAGCGAAGAAGGCCAAGACAGACAAGCUAUCGGCAGACUUCUCUAAAUAUGUCCCUGGUUCGAUGACUGAGCAGUAUAUGAAUAAGCUUCGCAACGAGCUUGAAGUUGCAGAUGGGCAUCUUACAAAGGGUGACCUUGGUGAGUGGGAAGGUCUCCUACGGAAGCGAUUUCGCGUGGGCCUUCGAUCAACGAGCGAGAGCACUGAUGCGAAGGAGAAGGAAGCCCAGGAACUCCCUGAAUGGGAGUGGCACACAGGAGGCAACUCAUACGCUGUUGUGGAUCGACGUUGGGUACUCUACGCGAUUGGGCGAGCAUUUUCCAUCUCUACAAGCGAGGCACCGGAAUCACGACCUAAGCUGCAGCUCAUUCUGCCCGACACGAACGUCACAUCCUACCUGGUUGUUGCUGGGCACCUGACCCUCUCAAACUUGAAGGCUGCAUUCAGAGAAGAAUUGGAUGUGGAAGCUCUCGACAGCAAAACUAUUGUUGAGGACCUUCUGACAAGCUUGACCGAUGCCGACCCAUCCAUGACGUUGGUGCUGAAUUACCUUCAAGCGACUCAACUUGGCGAACUAGAGUUACUUCUGGCUAUCCGAGCUUUGAUGCUCAAUCUUGACCUCAUCCCUGAUCCCAAGAAGCCAGCUAACAACAAGCUUUUGAAAGACGAGGCACAUGACGGGGCUGAAAACUACGAGAUGGACCUUGACGAUCUUGAGCGAGACAUUGCGAUCACGGAGUACUACCUUGGAGAUGAUAGCAGCAGCCGUUCGCGGGGACUCACCUUAGCUUUCGCUAAGCUAUGGCGGCUCCCAGCUAUUACCACGGUCAAGGCCAUCCGAGCUACGCUCAAAACGGAUGAGAUCUUGUCGCUAAUCUACACCCUACGAGUGGAACUUGUCCGAGGUGCGUGGACAUCGCUGUAUAUCGACCCAACCAGCUUUGACUCCGAGGGUAACGACCCGCCCCCGGACGGUGUGAUCACUUUGAUCUCGGACCUUCUCGGUCGGUGUAUUGAUGCCGUCGGCGCUGGAGGAUGGUUGUUGAACGAUGCCAUCUCAAGCGAUAAGUCUGAGACAGGCGAUCUGUUGACAGCACUCAAGCUUGAGGUGACUGCGGCUCUCGAAGGUCUGGAGGAGGCUGUGUACCUCAAUGGCAUCGUUGGCGAGGCAGUCCGAUUCGGCCUUGCAUCUCAGAAGAGCGGCGCCGGCCGACAACCGUGGAACACAAACAACCCGGUCCCCAUGAAGUUGGAGGGCCAGGAAUCUCGAAUGCUCCCGUUGGGCCUCAAGACGAAGCAACUGCCAACCAAGAGCAAGGUUGUGUCGGGCGGCGAAGUGGUGCAGCGAAGCACCCGAGAGACAGGCCAGCUGAUCAGCCGCAAGGUGGAGGCAUACUCACUUGAGAAGCUAGCAAUCUAAAGCCAUGGAGAAAAGAAGGUUUUCGAAGAAGGCAACCAGAAGAAUGCGCUACGGAGGCUCUCACCUGGAAGCACUUUCCCGGUCUGCGACACCACAUGGUAUGCGGCUGAAAGUCGCAGUGUUCAUUCUGACACCAACGGAGCUAGUCCUAGGGCUUGGCUUAUGGCGGAGGGGUUCCAGGUUCGAAGAGUCUAUUGGAGGAACAUAGGCGAGCCUACGCCCAGGAACCGUGGUGAAGCAUAAAGAGACGCGGGGCAGAGCUUAAAGCUAAGGAGAUCGGCUACCCGCGGCGCACGUUGGAGCCAUGAGGGGGGUGUUGAUGGGUUAAUUAGGAUCACAUGUUGAUGAGAUUUUGGGUUAUCAGACAAAGAUGUUUGUUUACAGCGAUAUUGUGAGGUCAGCAUAGCAGAGUUCGGUGGCUGCAUAUGGCAUCUCAUCUACUGAUGAAGUUGCAGAGAGAUAGAGACAGGCAUAUCAAAAGAAUGGAUGGUUUAAUCUCGGCGUCACGGACAGAAACGUGCAACCAAGCUCGACGGAACUUGCUUACUGCGUGA